GCAGCUCAGGGCCAGGACCAACUGGGGGGACCCUGCAGCCCCCCAGGAGACACUGUAGGUGGCCAGGGUGGCAGCUGGUCCCUGGAAGGCUGCCCUGUGGAGGACAGACCUGUCAGCCAGGAGUGGGUCUGGGGGCCCAUCCUGGGGAGGGAAAGAACAGACUCCUUGCUGCCUGUUGGGGUCUUUAGGCAAUCCCCCAGGGGUGGGGAGACCAAGCUGAGUUUGGGGCUAUCAUGCUCCUCUAGGCCCACCCACGGGCGGGAAGACAGGACAUCUGGUCUCUGCUCUCCUGGCGCCACCCCUGUGCAAACCCGCCACUGUCUAGUCUGGCCGCCCCCGCUGCUCACUCCCCGCCUGGGUUCCCGCUCACUCCAGAGGGGAGAGCCCCUCAAGGACAGGGUUUGACACGUCCUGCAGGCUGAGAGGGGAGAUAGGCUGCCGAGUGGCACAGAAAGGGCUCUUUGAGAAGGUUGCUCAGGCCUGGGCUCAAGAGCGCUGGGCAUCAUCCCCCAAGGUCACAUGGAAGAGAUAGGGCCUGCCCUCCCGCACAAACAUCCCGCCCUCGCUGGGCCCAUUUAAGCUCAGGCAGCGCAGCCCUGGCAGCACCCACAAUGCAGGGCCCGCCUCUCCCUCGCCUGGUCCUGUUGCUGCCGGCCAUGGGGGCUCUGCUGGUGGCCGAGACCCCGAGAACAAAGCAGCCAGCCGCCAGCACAGGGGGUCUCAUCUUCCAUGAAGACUGGGACUGGCUGCCAGGCAGCUGGCAGGACCCCUUGUGUCUGGUGACCCUGGGUGGGAGUGGAAACCACAGUAAUGCCCCCCUAAGGGUGGCAGGGUCCCUAAGCAGCUAUGAGCGGGCCUUCCUGGGGGCCGUGCAGCAGGCCCACUGGGGCCCCCGAGACCUGGCCACCUUCGGGGUCUGCAGCUCCAGCGACAAACAGGCUGCCCUGCCCCUUCUGCAGCGCUUGGGGGCCUGGCUGGGGGCACCAGGGGGGCAGCGGCUGCUUGUCCUUCACCUGGAGGAAGUGACCUGGGAGCCGACACCCUUGCUGAAGUUCCAGGAACCCCCAUCUGGAGGAACCAGCCCCCCAGAGCUGGCACUGCUGGUGCUGUACCCAGGGCACGGCCCCGAGGUCACUGUCACUGGGGCUGGGCUGCUGGGCACCCAGAGCCUUUGCCCAUCCUGGGACACCCGCUACCUGGCGCUGGCCCUGGACCGCCCGGCGGGGGCCUGGAGCGGCUCCGGGCUCGCUCUGACGCUAAGGCCCCGCGAAGACGGUGUACUCCUAAGUACAGCCCAGCUGCAGGCACUGCUGUUCGGCGACGACCCCCGCUGCUUCACGCGGAUGACCCCCGCCCUGCUCCUGCUGCCCCGGUCCCAGCCCGCGCCCCUGCCCGCGCAGGGCCAGCUAGACACAGUGCCCUUCCCGCCGCCCAGGCCGUCCGGGGAGCCCGAGGAGCCGCCGCCCACCACCGACCCCUUCCUGGAGACGCUCACGCGCCUGGUGCGGGCGCUGCGGGGCUCUCAGGCCCCGGCCUCUGCGCGGCGCCUGGCCCUGGACCCGGGCGCGCUGGCCAGCUUCCCGCAGGGCCUGGUCAACCUGUCGGACCCUGCGGCACUGGAGCGCCUGCUCGACGGCGAGGAGCCGUUGCUGCUGCUGCUACCGCCCGCCGCGACCACCGCAGGGGACCCCGCGCCGCCGCAGGGCCCCGCGUCAGCGCCAUGGGCCGAGAGCCUGGCGCGCCGCGUGGCUGCCGAGCUGCAAGCGGCGGCCUCCGAGCUGCGUGGCCUCCCUGGCCUGCCGCCGGCCGUGGCCCCGCUGUUGGCGCGCCUGCUCGCGCUGUGCCCGGGCGACCCCGGCGGCCCGGGCGGCCCGCUGCGCUCGCUGCUGCUCCUGAAGGCGCUGCAGGGGCUGCGCGCAGAGUGGCGCUGGCGGGACCUGCGCGGGCCCGGGCGGGCGCAGCGCAGCGCAGGGACCGCCACGGCCGACGGGCCGUGCGCACUGCGCGAGCUCAGCGUGGACCUCCGCGCCGAGCGCUCGGUGCUCAUCCCCGAGACGUACCAGGCCAACAACUGCCAGGGCGCGUGCGGCUGGCCGCAGUCCGACCGCAACCCGCGCUACGGCAACCACGUGGUUCUACUGCUCAAGAUGCAGGCGCGCGGGGCCGCCCUGGCGCGCCCGCCCUGCUGCGUGCCCACCGCCUACGCGGGCAAACUCCUCAUCAGCCUGUCGGAGGAGCGCAUCAGCGCGCACCACGUGCCCAACAUGGUGGCCACCGAGUGUGGCUGCCGGUGAGCCCUGAGUGCGGCUGCCGGCCUUGCGGACCGCUGCCCCCGGAGGGGCCCGGCACGCCCCUUCCCAUAUUUAUUCGGACCACAGGCAUCGCCCCAAUAAAGGCCAGGAAGCACCCGGC